AUGCUGCCACCGAAGACUAUCAAACUCCUCCUGAGCCUGGUGCUCACCACCACGUUCUUCCUGGGCUCCAACGAGCUGCGUAUCGCUAUCGGCACUGUGCUCUCUUGGGCCCUAGGCCAUGUCGUUCAACGUCGCAUCUCGCUGCCGGCUGGCUUCCGGCGCGCAUACCUCCUCUACGUCUUCGCUUCCUUCUGGCUGCUGGCGGCCACCAACGACAUCUUCUACGAGAACACCUUCGGGCGCUUCUUCGACAUGUACUUCGACCGCGACCCCUACGAUCCAGACGUGCCUGGAUCAGGCUUCACCAAUUGGCACGAGACCUUCGUCCGCCGCCACCGCCACGGCAUUGCGUUCGCCUGGCGCUUUCUCCGCUUCGCCGUGUGCUCGACCUGCGGUUUUGCAUCCUUGCCGUUCAUUAUUCCUUUGGUACACUGGCAGGUUCUCGAGUUCCGGAAGUUCGCGGAGCUUGAGCGCUGCUUGGUGUACGUCGACGAGACUGGAGAGUUCCCGCCGUGGCUCAUUGAGCGCCGCGAGCGCAUGCAGCCGCAGAUUGUGGAACCUAAGAGGGACACGAGGUAUAUGAAGUUGAGCGACGAUAUCAUUUUCGUAUGUGGGCCGGGUGGUGGGUUUGAGCGGGUGGUCGCUGGCGACUAUGAUGGUGCGAUUUCGCGUCGGCGCGGCAUUUCGAAGGAGUUCGCUUGA